AUGGCACGUUCCCGUUUGGCACCAAAGCGUGUGCAAACUAUUCCCCGAUUGGAACUUCAGGCUGCUCUUUCUGGUGCUGUACUGACCGAGCUUCUCGAGGAUGAGUUGAGGUUGAGCCUUUCCGUCACUUGUUGGAGUGACAGCACGACAGUUUUGAGCUGGAUUACCUCAGAAUCUUGUCGGUACAACCGUUUUGUCGGUGCCCGCAUCGCUGAGAUUCAAAGACUCACAGACCACACUAUCUGGCGGUAUGUAGUCACCGCCAAGAACCCUGCAGAUGACCUGACCCGUGGAUUGAUGCUCAGCGAGUUGACCACCGAGAGUCGGUGGUCUGCUCCACCCUUCCUCUCUGGUCCUGAAGAGGAUUGGCCAAGCUUGCCAUCGCACAUGCAGCAGGAUGAUGGCGAAGUUGAGCUGAAGGGCAGUCUUUUUACUGCUUUUACCCUCGGCAAUCGAGGAGAGGUUCCAGAGAUUGAAGCGUCUCAGUUUGCUUCCUGGGAUAACCUGGUUGAGGCAUAUGGACGCAUUCUGUGCGAGGCUGAGGAUGAAACUAAGCCAGAUUUCCUCAGCGCUGACCAACGGAUGGAGACUGAACAAGCCCUCUACGGAAAGGUACAAGCUGAAAGCUUUCCAGAUGAUCUUGCAGCUCUUACAGCUUGCAAGCCUGUUCCAAGAAAUAGUCGCCUGGCAAAACUUGCUCCUGAAAUCGACAAGGAUACCCAGUUGAUCCGGGUUAGAGGGAGACUCCGUCGAGCGGAGUUGGACAUUGAUGUGAAACACCCUGUCGUCCUUGACUGCAAGCACCCGAUAGUACAACUGCUGAUCAAAAAUGCUGACGAACGUCUUGGGCAUCCUGGAACUGGUACUGUGCUUGCAGAUGUGCGUCGACGCUUCUGGUUGUUGCGAGGACGCCAGUCCAUCAGAGGUCUACAAGGCAGAUGCACCGGAUGCCUAAGACAGCGUGGUCAACCUUCAGUGCCGAAGAUGGCGGAUAUGCCACAUGCUCGUCUGCGAAUUGGCAAGCCAGCAUUCUACUCCACGGGGGUAGACUGCUUUGGCCCCUACACCGUUACCAUGGGGAGACGAAGUGAACGGAGAUGGGGUAUAAUAUGGAAGUGCAUGACCACAAGAGCCGUCUACUUAGAUUUGCUUGAGUCUCUUGAUGCCGACGCCUUUCUUUUGGCGUUCAAUCGGUUCCGUUCACGACGUGGCGCACCUCAUGAAUUGUUGUGCGACAAUGGGACUAACUUCAAGGGAGGUCUGUCUGAACUGAGGAAGGCAUUCAGCGAUAUGGCACCUGACCUUCAGGAGAGACUUGCCAAAUACAAAGUCAAUUUCAGGUUCAAUCCUCCCUCUGCACCACACUUCGGUGGGACCUGGGAGAGAGAGAUUCGGUCAGUGAAAACUGCCUUGUACGCCACCCUGGGUGAUCGGUCAGUUAGCGCUCCCGUUCUCUAUACUUGCCUGGUUGAGGUAGAAGCCUUGCUGAAUUCUAAACCAUUGACUUAUGUGUCAUCAGACAUUGCUGAUCCAGAUCCCAUCACGCCUUUCAUGCUUCUCAUGGGGCGGCGGGACCAUGCCCCGCCACAGGUUGUCUACCCGGAGCGCGACGUGCUUAGUCGGCGACGCUGGCGCCAGUGCCAAGCCCUGAUUCAGAAAUUUUGGAAGGAGUUUGUUCAGUCCUAUCUGUCGGCCAUGCAAGCCCGCCAGAAGUGGCGCAGUGAGACCGACAACCUGUCCGUCGGUGAUGUAGUUCUGAUGGCUGAUCCGCAGCAACGACGUGCCUCUUGGCCUCUGGCUAAGGUCACUGAGGUACUACCUGGUACUGAUAAUCGGGUUCGCACCGUAAGGGUGCAGGUCGGAGAUCGCAUCUACACCCGGCCAGUGGCACGCCUGAUCCGGCUUCCUUCUGAAACAGCCCUUGGCGGCAAUCCUGAAGCUGCCACUGUGCCUGAACCUGAUGAAACCUAG